AUGACAAUGAAUGAAAAUGCCCUUGGAAACAAUCAAAUGAAGUCUCCAACAAUUCAAAAGGAUUUAACACGAGCUUGUGCUGCUGAAGUCACAAAUGUCAUUCUUAAUGAUAUAAAAGACAAUAUAUUUUCUCUUAUGGUCAUUGAGUGUCGAGAUAUUUCAGUCAAUGAACAAAUGAGAGUUGUUUUAAGAUACAUGAACAAACAUGGAUGUGUUAUUGAAAGAUUUCUUACUUUUGCACAUGCGUCUGACACUUCUGUUAUUUCUUUGAAGAAGACUAUUGAUGAAUUAUUUGGAAAACAUAAGUUGUCAUUAUCAAGAUUGAGAGGUCAGGAUACGACGAAGCUUCAAAUAUGCAAGAUUCUUGAUAUGAUGAUUCAAGAGAUGAAUAAUCAGUUUUCAAAAUCAAGUAUGGAGGAACUUACAUACAUUGCUUGCUUAGAUCCAAAGGACUCUUUUUCUCAAUUUGAUAUUGGUAAGCUACUCCACCUUGCUGAACUAUAUCUGGAGGACUUUUCAUUGACUGAUCGUGUAAUACUUGAGAACCAACUUGAGACUUACAUUCAAAAUGUACGAGGUGAAUUUUCUAUGAUGGAAGAUUUGGGAAGUCUUGCUAAAAAGAUAGUUGAAACAGGCAAGAAUACAAUUUUUUCAUUAGUAUAUCGUUUGAUUGAGAUAGCAUUGGUUUUACCAGUUGCAACUGCUUUUGUUGAAAGGGGUUUUUUUUGUGAUGAAAAUUAUCAAGACUGA